CGGAGCGGGGGAGCUGGAGGCCGGAGCCGGGCACCGCUCCCGGGAGCAGGCGGGGCCGGCAGCGCCAUGGCGGAGACCAUCAUAAUCCGGGUCCAGUCACCAGAGGGGGUGAAGCGCAUCACAGCAGCAAAACGAGAAACAGUUGCAACGUUUCUAAAAAAGGUUGCAAAAGAGUUUGGCUUCAGGAAUAAUGGCUUUUCUGUGUACGUCAAUAGAAACAGGACUGGUGAGAUCACAGCCUCCCAGAACAAAUCCCUUCACCUACUGAAAAUCAAGCAUGGUGAUAUGUUGUUCCUCUUCCCCUCGAGCCCUGCUGGCUCUUCCUCUGAGAACAUGGACACCUCUAUCUCUCAAGGGCUGUUGCGCCCCUUGGGCGUCCCUCACGUGGUGGAAGAUGAGAUCGACCAGUACCUAAUCAAACAGGAUGGGAAGAUUUACAGGAAUCGAGACCAGCAACUGUGUCGACAUGGCCCUUUGGGUAAAUGUGUGCAUUGCGUACCACUGGAGCCUUUUGAUGAAGAUUAUUUAAACCAUCUGGAACCUCCUGUGAAGCAUAUGUCGUUCCAUGCCUACAUCAGGAAGCUGACCGGAGGAGCAGACAAGGGGAAGUUCGUUGCACUGGAAAAUAUCAGCUGCAAGAUUAAAUCUGGCUGUGAGGGGCAUCCUCCCUGGCCAGAAGGCAUUUGCACCAAGUGCCAGCCAAGUGCUAUCACACUCAACAGACAGAAAUACAGGCAUGUUGACAACAUAAUGUUUGAGAACCACACGCUUGCUGAUCGCUUCCUCGACUUCUGGAGAAAGACAGGGAACCAGCAUUUUGGGUACUUAUACGGACGAUAUACAGAGCACAAGGACAUCCCUCUGGGCAUCAGGGCUGAGGUAGCUGCCAUCUAUGAACCUCCACAGAUUGGUACACAGAACAGCCUGGAGCUCCUAGAAGAUCCCAAAGCCGAGGUUGUGGAUGAGAUUGCUGCAAAACUUGGCCUGAGAAAGGUUGGCUGGAUAUUUACGGAUCUGGUCUCUGAAGAUACACGGAAGGGGACUGUUCGAUACAGCAGAAACAAGGAUACAUAUUUUUUAAGUGCGGAAGAGUGCAUCACUGCUGGAAACUUUCAGAACCGGCAUCCCAACAUAUGUCGCCUAUCUCCAGAUGGUCACUUUGGAUCCAAAUUUGUCACUGUUAUGGCUACAGGUGGUCCCGACAACCAGGUUCACUUUGAGGGUUACCAAGUCUCUAAUCAGUGCAUGGCACUGGUACGGGAUGAGUGCCUGCUGCCGUGCCGGGAUGCACCAGAGCUCGGCUAUGCGAAGGAGUCCAGCAGUGAGCAAUAUGUGCCUGACGUAUUCUAUAAGGACAUAGACAAGUUUGGCAAUGAGAUCACUCAGCUGGCUCGCCCGCUUCCUGUUGAGUAUCUGAUCAUAGAUAUUACCACAACUUUCCCCAAGGAUCCCGUUUACACUUUUUCUAUUUCUCAAAAUCCAUUCCCUAUUGAGAACCGUGACGUGCUGGGAGAAACUCAGGACUUCCACAGCUUGGCCACGUACCUAUCUCAGAACACUUCCUCUGUUUUCCUAGACGUCAUCUCUGAUUUCCAUCUGCUCCUUUUUCUGGUCACCAAUGAGGUCAUGCCUCUGCAGGAUAGCAUCAGCUUGCUGCUGGAGGCGGUGAGGACCAGGAACGAGGAGCUGGCGCAGACCUGGAAGAAAUCGGAGCAAUGGGCCACCAUUGAACAGCUCUGUAGUACGGUUGGUGUCCCACUCUCAGGGUUACAUGAAUAUGGUGCCAUGGGCAGUUCAACACAUGCUGCGUCCUCAGCCAUGUGGGCUUGCCAACACUGCACCUUCAUGAACCAGCCCGGCACAGACCACUGCGAGAUGUGCAGCCUUCCCAGGACCUAGCCCCCGCUGCUUGGCGCUAGGGGCAGACUGACAAAUACAGAGGCAAACCCUUUAAAAAGCAGGCUGGUUUCUCAUGCCCCACUCCCCCGUAAUGAUGCGCCACAAGGGGCAGACCGAGUGAAGGGGGGCUGCCAGGUCUGUGUCUCUGAUUGAAGAGCGCUCUGCGCUGUCCUUUCUGGGGCCUAGCGAUAGGGAGGGGAGGCAGGCUGGCUGUGGGUGGGAUUUUAGCUGGAAACGGGAACGCCCCAUGCUGUUAGUCCAGCAUGAGGAGACUCUUUGCUUCAAUGUCCACACACUCCGCUCCCCCUGCCAUGACUCGGGCGACCUCUCCACGCUGUCAUCCUGUAACUGGCUCUCCUGCCAGCUCCAGGGGCUCUCUAGGCUUUGUGCUGAUCUCAUUUGACAGCGGCUGCUUCUCCCUCAGAGCUGAGCGAGCUCUGGGGCCAUCUCCACAGGUGCAUGGCCGCAAGGGGCUGACCUCCCUUGAUUAGCUUGCAGCUCCCCUGUCCCAGCAACCUUAGCACAGGAGAUGGCCUGGGAGGAAGUGAUGCUGUAGGCAUGGCGUGGUCCCACAGCCUGCUCUUAGCUGGGGAUCGCUGUCCCCCCUCCCCAGCGCUCCUUCUCCGAUGCCUAGUUGGGUUGUCAGCAGUCGGCUCUUCUCCAGUGGUUUUCUGUAGCCAUCAGUGCCUGACUCGGCUGAGCCUCCACCAUAAUUACAGCUUUGACUAAAUGGUCUGCAGCUGGUGAACCUACAGUGAGCACCAGCGCUGGGCCAGAAGCAAAGCGGCCCCGCCCCGGAGCUCAUCCGCAGUGCUUCUGGCGUGCGCUUGGUAUCCAUCCCUCUGCGAACCCAAGAGCCCUGUCUCUCCUGGGUGACCCCUCACUGCAGCCCAGCAGCACGGUGCCCAGACGUAUUUGAGCUGCCUCUCCACAAAGCGGAUUUGGCAGUCACUCCUCGGCUCUCCCCUGCCUAGGGUCAUGGCAUCCUGAUUGAAAGGGCAUGCAGGGCUGGGUCUGCUCCUGCCAGCUACAUCUCCCAAGAGCUAGCGAACAAGCAGAGGGAGCUCGCUGUCCCAGACCAGAGGUGAGGCUGGCACCUUAGCUUAGGGCUUUUGCUAAAGCGGUUGGUGGGCAGCCGCCCCAGCUCUGUGGAGCAAGCGUCCUUUCACUCACGCCUUUCUCCCUUAAGGGGACAGCCCAUCGCAGGGUGCAAGCCAGGCAUGGCAACACGGUGCAUGCUCCUGCUGUUGCCACUGCCUUGCAUUUAGUGCCAGCUCCUCCAUCUGCCAGCCACUGGAGGAGCUACUGUCCUUGGCCGUCUCCCCUCUACAGAGUGAGGCUGGGGCACUUAGGAAGCGAAUGUAACUUGUAAGUCUGCUUUGAAGCACCCGUUCUGCAUUAGACCCCCCCAGGCCAGGCCUGGCUUCUUUUCCGUUUGACUGCUUGGGAGUUAGCCAGAGCCCAGGUGCCCAAGCAAAGGGAAGAGCCCCACACCUUUUCAGCAGCUGAUCCGCUCCCCUGGAGCAAAGUGAGCCCCAUAGCAAACAUGCAGCAUGUUCCAUCCUUCCAACUUGCCUGGGUCUCCUUGCGGUAAAUCCAGUCUUGUUAGCUGCUCUCUAGUGCCUGAGGUUCAGCGCUGGCCUCGGGGGCCACAGCCGGGGUGUGGGUAGGGACCAGGCCCCAAGGGGCAGGUCUCCCAUGAAAUCACCACUCUCUACUGUUCCUUUAAAUUUAGAACAGCGGCUGCCACUGCUGCUUCUGUUUUUAACCACACUGGGGCAGAAUUGCAGGUCCCGUUCUUCCUCUGCUUGCGCAUUAGUGACCUUAAUAGCAGCCCAGCUGGCCAGCCCGAGCCCAGGCUAGAGGCUGCUGGUAGCCUGGGGAAGUGCCCGUCCAACGCCUGCCUUCCCCUCUCCCGGAGUCUCGCUGAGCUUUGGCCUGUUUGCCAUUCCCGGAGCAGCACCUGGCCCCAGGGUUCACUGCCUCUCUCCAGUUGUACUCAUGCAAACGCCCCAACAUUUCCUGAGCUGCGUUGUAAGGACCCCUUCCCAGCUGGUCAGCGAGGCCCUUCCUCUCGUUAUUCAAAGAGAACCAGCAGCUCAGGGUUGAAACGGGAGGAGUGAGUCCCCUGGCAGGAUAAUGCUGCAAGCUUGUUUCCUCCCAGACUGAUAGGGGAACUCGGACUGGCUGAUCAUAAUGGGUCAAACAGACCCUUGGUACCCCAUCCAUCAGGUGGGGCUUUUCCCCUUGUGCCCUCCCUCCAAGAGGCCAGUAGUGCGGUGGGCAAGCUGGUGGGGGGGACACAGUUUGACUUCUCACUGCUCAUCCCUGCACUCCCACCCCCUUCGCUGCAGCCCACGAACAGCUGGCAGGAGUGACAUGGUUUCUACCCUUUGCAGUUGAAGGAUCCCUCGCGCCAUCUUGCUGCUGUUUGAAGAGUAGUUCAUUGCUGCCUGGCUGUGUUUGCCUGGAGGGCAGGCGGCUCUGUCUGGCUCGGGGUUGGUGUGUGGGGCUCUCCUGGGCUCCCUGGGGCUAGCUGCUCUUACUUUUCUGUGCUCUUCGGCUUGCAGAGGUGUGCGUGUUGGGUGUGGACUGGAGUUCUCUUCAAUAAAGCCCUGCAAGUAAAACCUAAUAAAAGCAUCUGAAAUGUGAACCAG